AUGAAGUACCUGGGUCGCCGAAACCCCUUGGGUGGUCUACUGGUGCAGACCACCUUUCUCAUCUCCAACCUGCACUGUCCGACCUGUGCGUCGCACAUUGAAUCCAUCUUUUCCAGCCUGCGACCUGCGCCAGAUUCUGUCCAGGUGUCAAUUGUCUCGCACACGGUCACAGUGAGGCAUUCACGCUCGCUUGCCGUCACCACCAUCGCCCAAGUUCUCGAUGAUGCCGGUUAUGACAUCUUUGACCUUGUCCCAGAUCCAACCUCGUCGCAACGAGACCUGCCAUCCAACUUGCACCAAGGUCUUGAGCCGCCAUCAUUUGAAUACGCUCUUUCCCGAUGGCGCUCCCAUAUCGGCGAGGUCGACGCGGACAAGAGAAGCCGCCACCUCGAGCACUGCCAACAAUGUCAGCCGAGUUCGAAAAGUGCGACAGAAGAGGUUGAGAGUUUUUCGCUUGUUGUCGACCAUCUCCCAGACGUACCCAAACAGUUCAAAGCCAACUUUAUGGUGGAAGGCAUGACCUGUAGCUCAUGUGUCGGUGCCAUCACCGGAGCACUCAACGAGCGUGUCUGGGUUCAAUCGGCCGAUGUUAGUCUCAUCACUCACAGCGCCGUGGUGAUAUUUGAUGGGGAAGACGUGCAACAUCGUGUCAAAGAGAUUAUCGAUGCGAUCGAAGAUGUUGGUUACUCGGCGUCCCUUGACGCGGUUCAAGAAUAUUUUGCAUCUCGACCACCCGACAAACGCGCCGUUGCCGACUUGUGGCAUGCGACGUACGCUAUAGACGGCAUGACUUGCAGUUCCUGCGUCGGGAACAUCACAAGGGCUCUUCAAGACUUGGAUUACGUCUCGAAAGCAGACGUGAGCCUAAUCAACCAUGCUGCCUCGGUUUACUUUGCAGGCAAGGAUCAUGUCGACGACAUCGCCACCACCAUUGAAGGGGUUGGCUACGGUGCCAGACUCGACACGUUGUCUACCGCUGAGUCCCACCCCACAACAGGUUCGGACCGCACAAUUUCAGUUCGCAUUGACGGGAUGCAUUGCGGGCAGUGUCCCGAUCGCGUCGUACAGGCAAUGAAGCGCGUGAACUCGGUGACCAUCGAGAACAUGCCAACUUUGAAAGAUCCUAUCUUGACGGUGUCAUACACCCCAAACCCACCGCACUUCACAGUGAGGACAUUGUUAUCAGCAGUGAAGGACACUGAUCCUUCUUUCGAAGUCUCGAUUCACCACCCCCCAACGCUUGAAGAGCGGUCCAGAAAGAUGAUGGCACGAGAACGGCGCCAUAUCCUCUAUCGCGUUGGCUUAUCUGCUGUCGUGGCUAUUCCUGCCUUUAUCAUCGGCAUUGUCUACAUGAAUCUCGUCCCCCAUGACAAUUCGGGGUAUAAAUAUCUCAUGGCAGAGCUCGCGGGGGUUACACGUGCCGAGUGGGCUAAUUGCAUUAUGGCCACUCCCGUUUACUUUUUCGCCGCAAAUCUUUUCCACCGGCGCACAUACAAGGAGCUACGCGCGCUGUGGAGGCCGGGAAGUCAAGUUCCUAUUCUCAAGAGAUUUUAUCGAUUCGGCAGUAUGAACAUGCUAAUCUCUUUUGGAACAUCCAUCGCAUACUUUGCGUCGAUCGCAGAACUCAUCAUUGCCGCAACGCGUACCUCAGCCAUGCCAGCGGACGGGUCCAUGGAAGGGAGUGGGUCAGGAAUGUCCUAUUUCGAUUCAGUGGUCUUCUUGACUCUUUUUCUCCUUAUCGGCAGAUAUAUCGAAGCAUAUAUGAAGGCCCAAGCUGGCGAUGCCGUGGCGGCCCUGACGAAGCUAAAGUCGACGGAAGCUCUGCUAGUCUCAACAGACAGCACAAGUGGACAAUCUUCAACAUCCCCGGUCCACGUCGAUUUGAUCGAAGCAGGUGAUAUCGUCAGGGUCGUCAAUGGCAGCUCUCCUCCUUGUGAUGGAGUCGUUCUGGAAGGAAAGUCAAAGUUUGACGAAUCCAGUCUGACUGGAGAGUCCAUGCCCGUCACCAAAGAAGUGGGGGAGCCUGUGUACUGCGGUACUAUCAACAAGGUCGCUCCAGUAACCAUUCGAAUUACUGGCGUUGCGGGGAAGUCGAUGCUGGAUUCAAUUAUAGAAGUCGUUCGUGAAGGACAAACCAAGCGUGCUCCUGUCGAGAAGAUCGCGGAUCUCCUGACCGGCUACUUUGUUCCAUUUGUGGUAUUGGUGGUAAUCGCAACAUGGAUCAUCUGGCUUUCUCUGGGCGAAUCUGGAGUCCUGCCUUCCAGCUAUCGGGACACCGACGUCGGAGGCUGGCCUUUUUGGUCGCUUCAGUUUGCUAUCGCUGUAUUCGUGAUCGCUUGUCCUUGUGGUCUCGGACUGGCAGCCCCUACGGCGCUGUUUGUCGGAGGGGGUCUGGCAGCGAAGUUGGGCAUUCUUGUUAAGGGAGGAGGAGAGGCAUUCCAGGAAGCCAGCACAUUGGACUGCAUUGUCUUUGACAAAACCGGCACUCUGACGGAAGGUGGAGAGCCCAAGGUCACAGAGUUCGAGGUUUUUGUGGACAACAACGACUCUCUCAAUGAGUCGGACGUACUGGGUAUCCUCAAGCGUCUCGAGGAAGACAGCAGUCAUCCGCUUGCCAAGGCUGCCGUCGCCUUUUCUGUGUCGAGAACGUUUGCGAAUUUCAAUGCUGAGAAUGUGGAGGAAAUUGGCGGCAAAGGCAUGCGCGGGCUUGUUGUCGCAGCAUCACAACCCCAGCGUAAGUUCAAGGCGUUGGUCGGCAACGAAGCCUUAAUGUUCGACAACAAUGUCGUUCUGUCCUCUGACAGCCAAGAGAAGCUUGACUCAUGGAAAAUGCAAGGCAAGUCAGUCAUCCUGGUUGCCACUGCUGUCACUUCCGACGGCGAUGGAGGUUUCUCCCCUUUCUCAUUGUCGGCUAUAGCCGCCACUUCAGACCCACUACGGCCAGAAUCCAUCCAGGUCGUGCAGUCGUUACGCAAACGAGGAAUAGACGUCUGGAUGAUUUCAGGAGAUAACGAGAAGACCGCCCGGGCAGUCGCCAGCAAAGUUGGGAUCGAGAUGACUAAUGUCAUCGCUGGCGUCCUUCCAGAACAGAAAGCGGAGAAAAUUCAAUACCUGCAGAGGGCCGGGGCUAGAGAUGAGAAGCGCUCGCACACCGUGGUUGCCAUGGUUGGGGACGGAAUUAACGACUCUCCUGCUCUGACUACGGCAGAUGUUGGCAUAGCCAUUGGCUCCGGCUCUGAAGUGGCCAUCUCGUCAGCGGAUUUCAUCCUCAUCUCAUCAAACCUCAUCUCAUUACUUAUUCUUAUCGAUCUUAGUCGAACGGUAUUCAGGAGGAUCAAAUUCAACUUUUUCUGGGCCGCUGUCUACAACAUGUUAGCGCUCCCUAUCGCUGCGGGCGUCCUAUAUCCAAUACAAAGUGGCGGCAACCACAUCCGGCUGGACCCUGUUUGGGCGGCAUUGGCUAUGGCCUUGAGCAGCAUCAGUGUUGUGACCAGCAGUCUGCUCCUGAGGACGCGACUGCCGGUCUUGGGUUUCCAAGCAGCAAAAGAAACAACACUGUAG